CCGGACAAGUAGGGUAAUGCUGGUCCGUACGUCCCUUGCGUGACGGUUUCCGUGAUUGGCGCUGUGGCGAUCGGGAGGCGCUGUGGAGGCGACCCAGGUUCACUCGUCGGCACAGGCGGCAGCGUAGAGAAUGUUACCGACCAGACCACAGCCAUGCAUGGUGAUGGAUCGCAUCGACCGACCGACCUCCCGGGCUAUCGAUCAAGCCACGGGAUCGGGGAUCGCAGACGAGCACGCCCCCGCCCCGCUCCCCGUCGACGCCAUGUUCCCCGCCGGUCACCACCUCGAUGGCAUGGGAGGGAGUGGGACCCGUCGAAAUCCCCUCGCACCCUGACUCCCUCGCCGGUCUCUCGCAUGGCAUCGCAUCGAUCUCCACUCCUCUGCGUGGAGACGUCACCGUACGUCCACCGAUGAGGUGGCGGCGCCGCCUACUGCCUCUUGAGUCUUGACUCUCCUGGUCUCCUGACAGGAAUUAUUUAGUCUUCUUUCUUUCUUUCUUUCCACCACCAACCGUUCCGAUUUCUUAUUCCUAUUUCGGUUCAGUAGCGGACACGGAAGCGGGGCGAUAUAUGCUUCGCGCUCUGCCCUGCAGCAUCCUCCGCCCCCUUCCACCCUGAAUCAGCAGCAACGCCCUGUCUCCACUCUCCACCUCCCCAGCCGCUACGUGUCCGAGCGCCGACGAUCGAGCAGCAGCAGCAUCUCAGGAUCCAUCCAUAUCCACUAGCAAACUGGGGACGAUGGCGUUCAAGAAGGAUGAUAACUUCGGAGAAUGGUACUCCGAGGUUGUUGUUAACAGUGAAAUUAUUGAGUAUCAUGACAUCUCUGGCUGUUAUAUUUUGAGGCCGUGGGCGAUGGAGAUCUGGGAAUUGCUGAAAGAAUUCUUUGAUGCAGAAAUAAAAAAACUGAAGUUGAAAUCUUAUUAUUUCCCUUUGUUCGUUACUGAGAAUGUUGUGCAGAAGAAGAAGGACCACUUUGAGGGCUUUGCUCCUGAGGUGGCAUGGGUUACUAAAACAGGAAAUUCUGAGCUGGAAGCUCCUAUUGCAAUCCGUCCCACGAGUGAGACGGCCAUGUAUCCAUACUUCGCUAAAUGGAUAAGAAGCCAUCGGAACUUACCUUUGAGAUGCAACCAGUGGUGCAGCGUUGUUCGAUGGGAGUGUAGCAAUCCAAUUCCUUUAAUAAGGAGCCGCGAAUUUCUUUGGCAAGAAGGGCUUACAGUUUUUGCAACUAAAGAGGAGUCAGAUGAAGAGGUUCUCCGUAUAUUGGAACUCUACCGAAGGAUAUAUGAAGAAUUUUUAGCAGUUCCAGUGUCCAAAGGGAGGAAAAGUGAGAUGGAAAAAUUCGCUGGUGGACUUUAUACAGCUAGUGUUGAGGCCUUCAUUCCAAACACUGGCCGUGGUAUACAAGCCGCAACUUCAAAUUGUCUUGGUCAAAACUUUGCAAAGAAGUUUGAAAUCUUUUUCGAGGAUGAGAAUGAUCCCGCUCAAAAAAAGAAAGAGAAGAACAAAAGGUCCUUGGUGUGCCAGAAUUCUUGGGCGUACACCACCCGCUCGAUUGGGGUGAUGGUGAUGACCCAUGGCGAUGACAAGGGCUUAGUGCUGCCACCAAGGGUGGCACCUAUCCAGGUCAUAGUUAUUCCUGAUCCAUUAGAGGAUGCGGACACGACGGCUAUUAACGAAGCAUGCGAGACGAUUGUAUGCACUCUAAACCAAGCUGGGAUUCGCGCAGACUUGGAUACUCGUGAGAACUACUCUCUGGAAUGGAAAUAUUCUCACUGGGAAAUGAAAGGUGUUCCCCUGAGAAUCGAGAUAGAUCUGAAAGAUCUGGCAAACAAGCAGGUGCGCGUCGUCCGGCGAGACAAUGGUGCAAAGGUUGAUAUUCUUUCGACCGAUUUGGUUGAGCAUGUAAAGGUGUUGCUGGAUGGGAUUCAAGAUAGCUUGUUUCAAACAGCCAAGCAGAAGAGAGAUGCUUGCAUUGAAGUCGUCUACACUUGGGACGAAUUCACAGCAGCUUUGAAUGACAAGAAGCUGAUCUUGGCUCCAUGGUGCGAUGAAGAGGAGGUUGAGAAGGACGUGAGGGCUCGGACCGAAGGCAAUCUCGGCUCUGCCAAAACAUUGUGUGCUCCAUUCGAUCAACCAGAUCUUCCAGAAGGAACUGUGUGCUUUGCUUCUGGAAAGCCCGCCAAGACCUGGUCGUUUUGGGGCCGCAGCUAUUGAUUGAAUCUUCUCCGUGUGUGCCAUGAUACCGCCUGCCAUGCUGCGGUUCUUUGCCAUUCCUUGCCGUUUGGAGAGCCCAUUGAUUUUGAAUAGGCCUGCAAUCUUGGACUUCACGCACCCGCGCACGCACACAUGCACACAUAUUUAGCAUGCGGUGUUGCUUAUUACUAGAGGCUAAUGUGCGCUUCGCCGCGCCGUUCUUCACCUGUAGGAUUAACUCUUUUUUCUAUGUUGGCUUGGGUUUAAAUUAUGUUAUGUUCUUUCAUCCAUAUAUAUAUCGUGUU